CACCCCCCAUCAAACCCACGAUUUCUCAUAGAUAGAAAUUAGAAAGUUCUCGCUCUCUGCGGAUACAGUAGCAGUGGACCUGUUUAUAAAAGGCGUGCGGCAUUUCAAGGUUUGAAGUUUGAAAUCAUUUGGUGGGUGGUUUGUUUUACAGUUCAUAAUUCCGCCGACCCAACCAGGCCCCUUCUAAAGAUUCCAAUGGAAGGAGGCGGCUUUCCAUCUCCCUUUCUCGCCAUGAAGUUCGUUACCUUGCUUUCCGAACACCCUUCUUGCUAAUACACACCAAGUAAAGAAGCCCAAAGGUGGGGGGGAAAUGAUUCAGAUUCAUACCCAAUUCGCCAUGAAUGUUGUUUUGCUUCCAAACCACACCUCUCCGCUGUUUCUCUCUCCCCCUCCUCUUAUUAAUAUUUGUUUCUCUCUCUAGAACCCACCCGCGUCCCCAAUCCUGCGAAAUCCAAAUGUCCAAGUCCCCAUCUCACCAGGAACUCGAAGCCAGGCCUGCUUGCUUGGGUUUGUUCAAGAAAUUCAAGCGUUUGAGGCUGUUUGAGCCCUCUCUCGGCGUUCUGGGCUUCUUUCUUGUCGCGGUCUGUAUUAUUUGCUGCUUCUUUUACUUGGAUUACAGGGCUGCGGCCAAAGGAUUUCGGAUUUCAUCUCAAGCUGACCGCUCUUUGUGGAUGAAAUUUAAUGGGUCUCGCGAGGAUCGGAUAGUUCAGUUCUUGAGUGAGAAGGGUGGCGGCUGUGACGUCUUCGAUGGUGAUUGGGUGUGGGAUGAGCGCUACCCUUUGUACCAAUCGAAAGAUUGCAGGUUUUUGGAUGACGGGUUUAGGUGUUCUGAGAAUGGCCGUCCCGAUUUGUUCUACACCAAGUGGCGUUGGCAGCCCAAAGCUUGCAACUUGCCCAGAUUUGAUGCAAAACUUAUGUUGGAGAGAUUGCGAAACAAGCGGUUAGUAUUUGUUGGGGAUUCAAUUGGAAGAAACCAAUGGGAAUCCCUUCUUUGCAUGCUUUCUUCUGCAGUUACCAAUAAAAGUUCCAUUUACGAAGUCAACGGCAGCCCAAUCACAAAGCACAAAGGGUUCUUAGUGUUCAAGUUCAAGGACUAUGAUUGUACAGUGGAGUACUAUAGGGCUCCGUUUCUUGUUCUGCAGAGCCGACCUCCCCCUGGAGCCCCACCUAAAAUAAGAACUACCCUGAAAUUAGAUCAAAUGGAUUGGAGCUCUUCAAAGUGGCGAGAUGCAGAUGUGCUGAUCUUCAACACAGGACAUUGGUGGAAUUACGAGAAGACCAUAAGAGGGGGUUGUUACUUCCAAGAAGGAGCAGAGGUGAAGAUGGAGAUGAAAAUUGACAGUGCAUACGGGAAGUCCUUAGAUACUGUGUUAGAUUGGAUACACCGUGAAGUAAAUAUGAGCAAGAGCCAGGUGUUUUUCCGCACAUAUGCCCCUGUACAUUUCAGAGGUGGAGAUUGGAGAACCGGGGGAGCUUGUCACUCGGAGACACUACCAGAGUUAGGCUCGUCAUUGGUGCCACCCCAAACAUGGGCUCAACACAGCAUGUUUGUUGAUGUUUUGUCAACUCACUGGAACACACAUAAUGUGAACGCGUUAGAGAUCUUGAACAUAACCCUUCUGACCUCACAAAGGAAGGACGGGCACUCGUCUCUGUACUAUCUGGGUCCUAAGGCUGGACCUGCGCCCCUCCAUAGGCAGGACUGCAGCCACUGGUGUCUCCCGGGAGUCCCUGAUGCAUGGAAUGAGCUACUAUAUGCUUUGUUUCUGAAGCGCGAAACCACCUGCUCCCAAAAUUCCUCCACAUUUCGAGCACCAGCAUGAUGUUCAAGGGCAGCUUAUUUAUUUGCUUGGUUCAGAGCCAGAGCUGACUGCAGUGGAAAGAGUACAUCUGCACAUAUUCAGAUAUUAGCAGAAAGGAAUGAAGCACCUCUAAUAGGAAGAGAUGAGGUCCUGCUGAAAGCAGGUCUCUGAUCGGAUUUCCUGCUGCUGCUGUUCAUAGUUAUACAAGAACUUGAUUUUUAGGGUCAAUUUGGUGGGCUGGGAUUCUUCGUGGAAAUAAGAUACAGGAAAUUUUUAGAAGAAAGAUACAGGUUUUGGGUCCUCCUCCUUGUGAUUAUUAUAGGGUUUCUUUAGAACUAGUACCCAAUUUUGUUGUAUAUUUGAAGCCUGUACCCGUGCCUUACCAAAUAAUGCCUUCAGCUUCAGCACUUCAUGCUA